UGGAGCAGCUUCGGACAGUUUGCCAGAUAAGUUUUCAUUAAGGUCACAAUGGAAAUGACCGCACUCGCUGUGUAUGACUUUUGCUCAUUUCAAUGAGUAUUUUUUGACAAGAAGGUGUCUAGAACUGGUAAUUCUAAUGGACCGAGCGCCAUCUAUUUAGCUUGCUAACGUAAAUGUUAAGAGAAGUUGCAUGAGAUUGCGUCUGAGUCUGUCCUGACUCUUCUUGCUUUGCUAAUCAGUAUCAUCCAACAAGUGAAGACUCGAUUACCUUAUCAAGGAGAAUGGUUCCGUGGAUACCUUUUUUGAAGACGGAAAUGUUUUGUUUGAAUGUAAUGUUAUUGGAACUAUGUCACUUUGAGCUUAGGCUAUGAAUAGAUAGCCUACUAGUCUCCUCCAGUGACACUAAUGUACCAGAUCAAUAUCUUUCUCCAGAGCAAUACCAAAGGUCUGUUCAAGAGAAGUUCUCAGAUAAUUGUGAAGAAACUAGCUUUGUGUCCAAGGCUACAUCUCAGUUUGCCGGAGAACUAGGAUGGAGUUGAUGUGUGUGCGUCUCGUAAGACAGAACUUUUUGCGUUCCCUUCCAAUCAACAGCCAAGGGUUUAUUGUGAAAUCGCUUGGAUUGUAUUGUGUUGGUAGAGUCGAGCUACAGAAAUGCUGUACCCCGCGUUUAGAGAGUGUUCACUCACUUCGGAGCAUUCGGGUGUUUGGAAGGAAAAACAAAACUUGUCAACCUUCAAGACAGCUGACAAGCCCGAACCAGUGUCACGCAAGGACAAGCCUCAACACUUUUGGCAGCAAUCGGUUUAAAGGGAAUUUCAACAUCGUCUCUACUGUCACCUUUCCAAAACAGUCGUUCCAUACCUCUGGGCGUCUACAAGCUUUACCUGCUCCACUUCUGUGGCUUGUGUUAAAGCCCAUUCAGAAGCUGCUGGCCAUUAUACUAGGCAGGAGCAUCAGGAAGUGGUGGAUAGCACUUCCUCCCAACAAGCGGCAGCUUCUACGUGAGACGGCAUGGCGACGAAGGUGGCAUCUGGCAGCUGGAGCAGCAGGACUGCUGGUUGUUAUGGCGAUCUUCCUGCUCACACACAUGGAUGAGUCACCGGUGACAGGACGCACCAGACUGCUUGUGUUCAGCAUGGAGAAUUUCUUGGAGCUGGCCAACAUAACUGCAGAACAGCACUUGGAGGAGUAUAAGGACUCCAUCAUCUCCACAAAAGACCCCAGGCACCAGUUGGUGGAACGGGUGGUGCAACACCUGGCUGAGAGGAACCAGGACAUUGCUGAGAUCUCCACUGUGCCCUGGAGCGUCCAUGUGGUGGACAGUCCCACCAUGAAUGCCUUUGUGCUACCGAAUGGGAAGGUGUUCAUGUUUACGGGGAUGCUGGAGGCAGUGGCAGACAUUCAUCAGCUGACCUUCAUCCUGGGACAUGAGAUGGCCCAUGCCCUCAUCGGACACUCUGCAGAGCAGGCCAGCCUGUCCCAUGUGGUGGACUUCCUGUCCCUGAUCCUGCUGACGGCCAUCUGGGCUGUGUGUCCGCGGGACAGCCUGGCCGCGCUGGGCCAUUGGAUCCAGGGCAAACUUGUGCAGUUCAUGUUUGAUCGGCCGUACAGCAGGAAGCUGGAGGCGGAGGCGGACCAGGUCGGACUGCAGCUGGCUGCCAAGGCGUGUGCGGACGUGCGGGCCGGGCCAGUGUUCUGGCAGCAGAUGGAGAUCUCGGAUCAGCUGCGGGGCGAGCCCACCGUGCCCGAGUGGCUCUCCACCCACCCGUCCCACCGGAACCGGGUCAACCAACUGGACCGCCUCAUCCCUCAGGCUCUGGAGCUGAGGUCCAGCUGCGACUGCCCGGCGCUGCCCGCCACUGACCCGCGGGCCGUCUUCUCCAAGAGCGUGCGCCUGCUGCUGGAGAGCGCGAGGCAGCGCGAGAGUGCCGAGAAGGAGGAGAAGUCGUCUAUCGCCUCCGGCGGUGGUGGUGGUGGCGGUGUCUUCCUACCCCUUCCCCAGGCACCAUCACCCCUGCCCCCAGGGCCCUCAGGCCAGUUGGGGGGAGUGCUGUCCCCCACGCCAGUCCUCUCUCAGGCCCUCCCCAGCAAGUGACACUCAGAAGAGCAGAAGCAUACACUUCAACUGGACCUCACCAUCAAUAGUAACACUACACAGUGGUCACCACCAGUAGCAUUGUAUUCCCACUAAUCAUCCGUUUCUCCACUGAUCUGUCAAAUUUGCCUUUAGCCUUUUGCCUGUUGGGAGAUGACAUGAAUGUAUCUUUAAGGUCUUCUACGGUUAGCUUAGCAGUGCAGGAUGUUAGAGCUCUGGAUUCUGCAUGUUAGGCAUAUCAGAAGGCUGUUAUAUAAACUCGGAUCUGGUCCUCAGCCUGAGAUGCAUAACCAGGCUUGGCCACAGGGACUAAGCCUUGAAAUUCAAUUCAUGCUAAUAUCAUUAUGUGAUGUGUAAUGUGACAAUCUCUCAUUUCAGUGAUGGUAUAGCCCAGCUGUUACUGUGUAUGUGUAUGUGUGUGUGUGUGUGUGUGUGUUUGUGUGUUAGAUGGAUGAGGCGUAAGUGUAAGCCUGUUUCAUUAGAGUGUAAAAUGAGUCAGGAUGCUCUCGCGUAAUGUCAGCCGCAUUUCGCAGCGCAAUAUUAUCGCGUUAAUAAUGAAACCGCUCUAAAUGUGGAUGCGAUUAGCCGUAAUCGUCUGAUUAGCAUAAUGGCCCCAUACAGUGGGUAGCAUUAUGAUGUGCAUUAUUCAUCAAAGGGCCCGGGCGCUUCCUUUAAUGUGUGUGCUAUAGGUUCCGGGCAGUGACGCAAGCAGCGCACUCUCCGAACCCAGCCUGACUCGCUCCAGCCUGCAGGACCUGAUGAAUUUGAGUGUUUCUCUAUCAAGUGCAGAAGUGGAGGGAGCAGAAGAAAGCGGUGUGUCAGUACAGCGUGUUGGAGGCUUUUUUCUGCCAGCGCUGAGGUACCUCUAUUAGUAUGGUGUUAAGGGAAGGGGAGAAGAGUUCUCUCUCUCCCCCUCUCUCUCUCUCUUUCUCUCUCUCCCUCUUUUUAGGUGCACACACACAGACACACACUAUCUUUCUCGUUCUUUCUCUCUCUCUCUCUCUCUCUCUCUCUUUCUAUGUAGGUCAGGGCUUGCACCCUGCUUUGCGAACGUGAACUUCUCCAAAGGGUCCAGGCCAUUAUGAACGUGGCAAAAGGACACUUAAAGGCAACGCACAUUGUUUUCACUACUGAUUUGAUAUAGAAUAGACCCUCAGCAUAUUUUUGACGUGGUCUCUGUGUUUUGGUUUUCUUUUUGAAAAUAUCACUGAGAGUGAGGGAGGUCAUUUCUAUGACAUGAUAGCAAUAUUUUGCUGUGUUGAACAUCAGGGAAAUAAAUAUUUUACUAUAA